CAUCUUCUUUGUCUUUGUCUUUGACUAUCUUUAGGUAUUCCUUUUGCUUAAUGAUUCGACAACCAAGGCUCUCUUGGGCAUGUAACAUGUUUCUUGUUGCUUUACUGAUACUCUAAUAUUGAUUCAGCCACUUCGGUAUCACCUGAAUAUAUCUAUCAUGGCUGAUCUCCCAUCCCCGUCAGCCCAUCGUUUAAUGAAGGGAGAUCGCAACAACAAUCAACAAGAUGUACAGCCUUGGACGGCAGCAAGAUGCCAGCGCCUGCUACGACAGCUCCAGUGUCGUUUACUUUCUUUAAGAAAACUGGUUAAUGAGGCUCGGCAACCAGCUACAACAACAGCCCGGGCGAAACGUACGAAUACCGAGAAUGAACCAACGAAAUCGUCAAAGCGAGCGCGGCACACAUACGGAGGACGCCGAAUAGUAACAUCUCAGUCAAAACCAAACACUUCGUCUUUGUCGACACCGCCGCGCGCAUUUCGCACUCUCGGCAGCAUGAAGAUUCAACGUAGUCCGCCAGGAGCUGGACGACUCGGUUUCACGACGCCGGUCAUGCGCAAGUUCAGAUGCGACGAUUUGGCCCCUGAGACUUCACCCACGAGUUCAAAGCCGAUAAGUACAGAUUCAAAAUCGCUAGUUACAGAAUUACAAUCACUUCGCCGGAUUGUCUCGGAUAGUGAAUACCGCAUAUAUGAUGCCAUUUUCAGCUGGCUGCAUGGCUUGCUGACCUCAACCGAAUCUCUCUCCCAAACAGCACACCCGAAGUCGUUACUAGGGAUGUGUCUUCGCAGGAUACCAGAUGCGAUAGCCGUGAUAGAAGAAUGGGAUCGUCAGACUGCGGCAAAGGAAGGGAAAACUUUCAAGUGGCAAUCGUCUAAAGCAUCGGCAGAACUCUACGAUCAACUCGAGGGGUUCGGCACUACAAGUCUGGGUUGGAAGUCCUUCAGGAUUGUUGUCCGUGCGCAUGCUCUAUGUCUGUUGGCAACAGCCGUGACAGAAGGUCUCUUCGAACCUCCGUUUGUGCGGCUGUUGGCCGAUCUUUGUCUCAGUCUCGACUGUAAUGCAGAAGCCGCGAGACUUGUCUCAAGCCUGAGACUUCCUUUGGCAGCACCUCGUGGUACAUCAAGCACCUUGAUCGAGAGCAGUACGGUGCAGCCUCUAGGAACUAUAGUAAGAAGCUUACAAGGUCGGGGAAUAAUCGGCCCAUCAUGGGAUUGCCUCUCGAACCUUAUCAACAGCAAGAAGUUGUCUCUGACCUGGCUGACAUCACGAGCGUUUCAGUCAGUAUGGAUGCGAGGAAUUGAAAUCCUGCUACAUUCCAGAAAAUCUGUGCCCUCGGUCGUCGAGUUCAUGUGUACAGCUCUGGACCAGCUUCUGCUGGACAAUGGCAAAACAAAGGAGACAGAACAACCUACAGAAGAUCAGACACUGAUUAGUGUCCUGGCAGCAAUGGCAGCAGCGAUAUGGACAUUGGGUAUUGAGAUGAGCGAUAAAGAGCCUUGGAAAGCCCACGCCAUCCGACGACUGCUCUUCACACUCGAAAUGUGCGUGACACAGCAACGAACUCGUCGUGGGGCGUUUCGAAGCAGCGGAUUUUUGACACUCGUUUUAGCCCGAUUCUUGGCCACGAGUUUGAUCGACGAGAAAGUGGGCAGUUUAUCAGCGAGGAAUCUGGCGAUUUACGACUGUGUGAAACCGUUGACAGCAAGAAACGGUUCCCCAACUCAACCUCAGUAUCGCCAAACUCUUUUGCUGGCCUGCUCUGUUGCACAAUAUCGGGGACAAGCAUGUGGUUUGGCUUGCCACGACGUCUUGUCUGAGAUUCGUACAUCUUUAAAUGAACUGGGGCUUCCUGAUUGGUUUCAAGAAUGUCUGGUGUCCGACGGGGCGUUUGUUUUGGCACAGAAAACGAAGGACCUCCGAGAUGUUGCUUUUGCUGAAAGAUUUCCCACCGCUGGCAAGGGAACCCUCGAAACAAGCACGAUGUUUUCGGGCUGGAAGUGGGAGGAAGGGAUUGGCGAAUGGGUUCUCCCCAGCCCUGGUAAGGAACGAGGAAGCGAGCUGAGACAGCAACACCAAAGUCGAGACGGAACGAGCUACAGAACAGGCACAGAUCGUCGACCAGAUAGUCGAGGCCGGACGACAGGCCUGAGUGGGAAGACGGGCUGCAAUCACAGGCGCAGAAACGACGAAGAUAGCUCGGUGGGAAGUGACAAGGAUGCUGGCAAUCAUGAUGAUACGGACGACAGCGACAGGGAGGAUGAGAAUGAUACGAGCGCAACCAGCAUUACGGAUAUUGACGAAGAGCAAGACAGCGGAGAUGAGCUUGGCGAGUGUGCACAGAUGGUGGACUACAGCCCCAGGAAAACAUUGGGACGAACACAUGGUAACGGCAGUGACAGCAGCAGUAGCGGAAAGAUCAAGACCGUCAAGAGAGUCAAGCGCUUGGAUAUUGCAAGGACCUGGCAGGAAAACAGGGUUAAUAGAGUCGCUAUGGGAACAUCAUUGGCAGAGCCGGGAGAGGACGAUAUGGAUGACGAACUCAGCAUACUUUAAGCUUGGGAGAGAUCAUACUAGGAUGUACGGAUACGCAAUCAUUCUAUUAGAGUUUCAAUUUACGCCUUGAUUUUUGUUUUUUUUUGUUU